AUGCCAUGCCGGAUGCCGGAGGGUAGGCAGGCAGCAGCGGCGGCGGACUCGUCGUCGUCCUCAAUUCUCCUUGGAUUGGAUCAAAUUCAAAAUCCUCGUGCUGUGGUUGCUCUGUACUGGACUCGAUUCCUCACUCCUGUCCCGAGUUGUGCUGUGCUGUUGACCAGACGGACCGCAGGAGAUUCAUCCCGUCCCCUCCGCUUCUCCUUGUGCUGCUCUGCUCUGCUCUGCAUCAUGUCGGAGAUGAAGGACUCCAAUGCGCCUGCUGCACUUGAUGGAAAUCCUCAACCUAUGGACCAAACUGAAGACAAUUCUAUGCCCUCAGCUCAGCAACAGGAAGAAGCAAUCAAGAAGAAGUUUGGAGGACUAAUGCCAAAAAAGCCACCACUCAUCUCAAAGGAUCAUGAGCGGGCCUACUUUGAUUCUGCUGACUGGGCUCUAGGAAAGCAAGGUGUCGCUAAACCAAAAGGACCACUGGAGGCACUUAGGCCAAAGCUGCAGCCAACACGCCAACAGCAGCAACAACGAGCAAGGCGCUCUAUUUACACUUCGUCAGAAAACGAGGACGGAGAUGGUGCUGGUACUGAGGAUAUGAGCAUCAACUGA